AUGAAAAGCAUAGCAAUAGAAUUGGCUGAUAUAGAGUCUAUAUCAGUCCCUUUAAAAACACCUUCAGAGUUUAUCAGAGAAUAUCUACCUAACCCCCAAAAUAAUCCAGUACAGAUUAUCGACCAUGCCCAUACAAGUUCUAUUGUAGAAUUGGUUUGGGAUAAAGAGUCUGUUGUUCGUAGCACUGAUAUUCCAUUUGACCGUCCUCUGUUUCGUCCCGAGCCCUCAAAUAUUACACUUCAAAAUUAUCUGCCAUUUAAAACUUAUGAAUUGGUGAUUAAUUUUAGAAACUUGGACAAGAUACAUCGCGCUCCAUGUGCAACUACGCGUAAUCUACUCGAAGAUUUACAAACUCGACUAUCAAAGAAGCGCCUUAUUAAAGAUGCCAGGUGUGCACGAAGGAUCAGUAUUGAGCCUACAAACAGUCCCCAUUUCUCAGUGCAUGGCUGGAAAAAUAACUCACUUUGCUCAGGAAAAGUUGCACCGGGAAUGGAUGUUUCAUUUAUUGUCAAAUUCAAACCAGAGGAAAAUGUGGACUAUGCAUAUUCUCUUGUUUGUAUUACCGAGCGAGAGAAAUUUUUACUUCCAAUCAAGACAAUUGGUGCUCGAGGUGUUCUUGAUCUUCCAGAUGACGUUAUUUUUGGCGAUUGUCCUGUAAACUACUCGUCAGUCAAAACGCUUUUGGUUAGAAACAUUGGAAAUGCUUUGGCAAAGUUUGAUGUAAAGGUUGAUGGGCCAUUUUCCAUUACGCCUAAUACGGGCUGUAUAGAAAUUGGACAAACAAUGCAGAUGGACGCCAGCUUUUUGUCAAAGAAAAGCGGUAGUUUUGAAUCAUCUCUGACCAUCACGUUCCACACAGGAGAAACUGUUGCUAUCCGGCUAACAGGAACUGCUGAAAACAUCAGUGUAAAACUCGAAAAAAACCUACUUCGAAUGGAAAAUACAUCUAUUACUCUUGCAUCUUCAAAACUGAUUAGAAUAUUUAACAAAUCAGAUACAAUGGUAAGCUAUAUCUGGAAAAGACUUGCAAAUGAGAAUGAAGAUCAACAUGAACGAAAACGACAGCUUUUAUAUUCAUUAAAUGAUCAAAGAAAAGAAUGCGAUCUGUAUGCAGCAACAAAAGAUGAUGGACCGAAAACAGACAUGACCUGUGCCCGCAUUAUCCAGAACCAAUCGUUUUCGUUCCAAAACACAGUGUUUCAAAUAGAACCACUUUCUGGGAUUAUUUGGCCAGGUGCAUAUUCUGAAGUAAAGGUGCAGUUUUCACCCCUAAUAGCUGGAAUUCACGAAGCUGUUGCAUAUUGCCAAGUGGAAGGCCGCGAAACCCGACUUCCUUUGCAGCUCAAGGGAGAGGCACUUGGCCCAGUUGCAAGGUUUUCCUACGAUUUACUUGAUCUUGACAACAUUUUCAUCAACACAUCGCAUACUUACGAGGUGAUCUUGGAGAACAAAGGUGAAAUUCCUACCCAUUUCUGCUUGGAAGACGUCAAGACUAUUUUUGGUUCUAAAUUUAGCUUUACACCAAACAAGGGCAGUAUUGGUGUUGGAGAAAAAUGCGUAAUUUCUAUACUAUUCUGUUCCAAUAUUCUUGGCAAUUUUUUGGAAGAGUUUUGUUGGAGUUUAGAGGGUACAUCCGCUUCUUUAAUAUUGUCCUUCAAAGGCACUGUGAUUGGACCUACUUUUCAUUUUGAACCUUCAGUUUUAGACUUUGGUAGCAUUUCAUACGGAUUCUCUGAAAAUCGAGCAUUGCGCCUGUUUAACACGUCUGAUAUCCCCAUGUCAUUUCAUCUACGACUUAUAAUACCCGAUGAGGACUUGAAUGCGAUCAACUGUCAAUUAGAUCCAAGCAGUGCCUUGAUAGAGCCGCUAUCAAGCAUUGAUAUAUCUGUAAAUAUAGACUCUCGAUCUUUAAAAUCUGCGCCAUUUGAAGUGCUUGUUGAUAUCGAAAACGUUGGAGUAGAUAUGAUGCGCCUGCCCGUUUUUUAUGAAUGCGUUGUGCCAGAAGUCAACAUUGUAGAUACUUUUAUGGACUUGGGAGAUUGCUAUCUUUGUCAUGGCUAUGAUCAGAGUAUCAAGCUUGUAAACAGUUCAAAUUUUUCAGCUUCUUUUCAGCUUGUCAAUCAAGAAAAAGAUGCACAGAGCAUAUACACAUAUACGUCAGAUACCAUUUUUGGUGUGAUUCAACCCAAUUCAUCAUUGUAUGUCUCUAUCAAAAUUUUGAUAAAGCAGCUGGGCCAAAUUAGCUUUCCAGUGGGAUUCCAUAUACAAGGAAGGGAAAGCUCUCCUUUGGUGGUGAACAUCACGGCAAACGGAAUUGGACCCAACAUUGAACUUUCAAACAAUGAGUUAAAUUGGGGGAAAAUUCAGGUUUUGAAAAAAGAACCUUUACUCCUUUGCCUGCAUAACAAAUCUCCUAUUUUUGCAGAUUUUCGAUGCACGAUACACUCUGAUUCUUUUGUAUUCACUGUCCAUCCACAAAGCGGAACCAUUUCACCUGGUCAGAAAUUUGAAAUUUCUAUAACCGCACAUCUAGACGAUGUUGUCAAAUUCACAGAUAUUCUCAAAAUCAAUGUACAGUUUAAUGGCAUCCAUGAAGUGAAACUGGUUGCUCGAGGUCAAGGAACAACCAUAGUAAUGGACGAAGGACUCCGUAAUGUAGAUUUUUCAAACGUGUUCAGUAAUUGUGAAUGCUCUGCGCAGUUUACGGUUACCAACAAAGGACGUCGAACACAAACAAUUCACUGGACUAGGGAAGAAAAUCAUACUCAAGCAUUUAGAAAUCAGGAUGUGAUGUCUAGUCAGGUAUUUGAAAUUAUUCCUCCACGGUUUGUGCUGAAACCGGGAACUCAGCAGACAGUGUAUUUGAGAGGAUAUUUCAACAAGGAAGCCAGAAUCACUGAAAAGUUAAUUUGCCAAGCCAUGCUGCCAAAAGAUCCUUCUCGAAAAAUUAUUUUUGAAUCAAGUGUGACUGCAAACUUUGUUAGUCCGCUCAUUGAGAUGACUCCAAAUGUGCUAAAGUUUUUGUCCGUUUACACCACCAACGAAAGAUUCACAUCCAUUGAAAAAAAGCUUGCUCUUAAAAACACCUCAGCUUUAUCAUUACAUAUGUCGUUCAAAUGUCCCCAACCUUUUUACAUGGAAAACAAAUCACUGGCAUUAUUUUUAAAGCCACAAGAGUCUGCAAUAGUGUCUGUUUUCUACGACUCUCUUUUUAAUCUAAACCGGAUAUCCUCUAAAGAAAACGCAAAGCUACAAAUUUCAUAUCGCGAGCAUCCUCAAAAGGAUGCAAUUGAACUUCAGAGUGACAUUUCUUUUCCUAAUCUCACCUUUUCUGCAAACUCACUAAAGUUUGGCUGUGUGGGUAUUGGAAAGGAACACAGAGAAACAGUUUGGAUGGUAAACACAUCCACACUACCGGUGCACUAUCAAUGGUAUUUUGUCGAUCCUUCUAGUCAAAAUUUACCAACUGCAAUUUCUCAGGUGUUUGACAUUCAACCGCUUCUUGGAUUGCUUUAUCCUGGAGAAAAACAAGAAGUCGAAGUUUAUUUUUACAGUCAAUCUACAGAUAAAUUUAACAUCAAGGCGCUGUGUGAUGUAGAGGGUGGACCAAAGUAUGAGCUGGCCCUACAAGGAGAAGCUUCUGCCAUCACAUUUUCAUUUGACAAGACUUGUCUUGCAUAUGGAACACAGUCUUAUCAAAGUAUAUCAGAACAAGAAAUUGUACUGACCAACACUGGCUUGGUGCAAUUUGAUUAUACUGUAACUGUUUUUUCAGACACCCAAUUUUCAUCAAAGAUUAUGGUUUCUCCUGCUCAAGGAACCAUUAUUCCCCGAGGAAAGCAAAAGAUACUAGUGAGAUAUUGUCCAUGUGUACCAGAAGUUUCAACCGGCUGUUUUUAUAUACAAAUUGCCCAUUUUGAACCGAUCGAGAUUCAGGUGACGGGUGUAGGUAGCUUUCCGAGACUCAGCAUUGACGCGCCGCGCGCUACAGAGCAUCGAUUUGACGAGAUUGCUUCAAAAAUUCGAUCAAAGUCUGCAAACAAUUUGGCUUUGGAUGUCGAAGCAGAAACAGAAUUAUUGCUUCUUAUUGAAAAAACUUGGGAUCUGAUUGAUAAACUCUCGUCUGAAGCGCAUCAAAAAAUGCCCUACUUGAAAAACCAAGGCUCACGAUUUGUUGGAUCAAUCUUACUUUUCAACAAAUGGCUUCAAUUAAAAAUAUCAAAAAAGUUUAAGGCCAUUACUAUGGUAGAAUUUUCACAUGUUAAGCUGGCAAAGUAUGUGUGCGACUAUGGCAUUAUUAUCCGCAAUACAACCUCACAGAAAUCGGUUCGUAUUUUCAACAAUGGAAAUCAGACAGCAAUUCUGGAAAUUGAUAAAUCAGUACUUUUUGGUACUGGGUUUUCAUUUGAGCCUGAAAAGGUAAAGGCUUUAUCUCCUGGCGAAGGGGUCGAGCUUUUGAUCCAAUUUCAUGCAAAGCAGCACAUUUCGGAUUUGAUCGAGAUUGAGCUUCCUAUUACUAUUUCUGGUGGAGCAACAGUUUUAAUUCUUCUUCGAGCUACUAUCACUACUCCAGAGCUUCAGCUAUCACAAGACUGUAUUGAUUUUGGAGAAGUUGUGUGUGGCUACCGUAAAACUGUAACCAUCCAGUUUACAAAUCCAGGUUCUGUAAGCUGUGAUUGGAGCUAUAUGUCUGCUACCAAUGACGCUUGCACCAAAAAGCAGUACAAGCACGUUUCAAAUUCUUUGGUAAGCAAUUUUGAAAUGUUUCCUUCCAAGGGAAGUAUAUCUCCUCAAGAUAAGAUUCACGUUAAAGUCUGUUUUUCGCCAAGAGAUAAAGGUGGCUUUACCAUGUCAUUUCCAAUAAAAAUAAACAUGAACAGCAAAUCAGUAUUGCUUCGAUUGAGCGGAACAGGAGUCCGUCCAAUAAUCACAUUUGAGCCUGAAACUAUUUCUGUAGGUCCCGCACAACCUUUCUCGGAUGGAGUUUAUUCACGCUUUUCUAUCUGCAAUAGAAUCAAGUAUCCAAUAGAAAUUGUUGCUAUCGACUUUGAUCAGCAGUUUCAAGAGGAAGAGGAUAUUUUACGCCAAGUACACCGUGAUACUGCUGCUCCAAUCUUUCUGGCAGCUCGCGAACUUGGAGCUAGUCUACCAGAGAUACUUUAUGAAAUGCCACUUCCAAGUCCUACGGAAGGAAAGGCUAUGCAAGAUUUUUUCCCGCCUUCCAAUGCUGGACAUGCCCCAACCAGUGUUUUUCAAUCCCACCAGCAACUACAAAGCCAAGGGCACCAAACCCAGUUUUUGACUCAGCCCUCGUUACAAGCAUCUCCUAACCAUACAUUUUCAAUAACUACACAAUCUUCUCAACAGCGCAGAGAGCAAAAUGACGAUCCUAUAGAUGCUGCUUCAGUUCUGCGACGCGGAAAUACGUCAGAUCAUGAGUCAUUGACAGAUGCUACGGCACGAUCUCACAAAUCUAAUUCAAAUGGGUUUGCUAUCUUGACCAAUCAAGGGCCUAUUAGUAAUCAUUUAUCUACUAUGCCAGAGUCCUCUGGUCCUACAAUGACUGAUCCCAUUUACAGUGUUAUUGUUCAUGGACCACCAUUUAGCGGUCGUACUUGUCAAGCAAAGCGUAUUGCAAAUACUUAUGGAAAGCACUAUAUUAAUAUUGAUGAAGAAUUGGAGCUAAGAUUUCCCUUACUCCAUAGUAACUUUACUAAUAUAGAUACUGCCAAUGUGCGUAAGGAAGGAACAUCUGGACGUAAUUUUGAAGACGAUGAUCACAGUUCUAUGGUUCAAUUACGUGACCGAACUAAUCUUCACAGCAAGGAUGGAAAGGACGAGGAUACUGACUCAAAGCUGCUUGAGCCGGUAGAUGACAGCUAUCUGGCAGUUUCUGAAGAAACGAUACUUGAUAUUUUAAAGCACAAGAUUCACCCUCAUGGGGUUGUUAUUGAUGGUCUAGAGUCCAAAUUUGUUGGAUGCAUCUCACUCUUGAAGACACUUUUGCGCUAUUUGACUGAAAACGGCAGACGAUUGGUUGUUUUCAAUUUUGGACUGGAUGUGUCCAAAAUUAGACAAAGAGAGGUUGUUGUACAGCGUAUGUUUGCUGAAAAAGAAUUGGAGUCCCUACAGAUUAAAGAGCUAUCCGAGGAUGAGUAUGAUUUGCUAGGAGAUCAAGAGCGUACUUGUUAUGAUUUAGCAAUGCGAAUCUACAAAAAACGUGCCAAAGAAAUCGAAGAUCGGCAUCGAGUUGAAAGAUGCCAUCUUGAAGAUGCCAUCUGCAAGCCUGGUGAUAGGAAAACAGAAGAUAGCAGACUAAAAGGCCGAAAAAAAAGCAAAACUCCAACAGGUCGGGCAUUUGCGCCUGAAAAGCAUGAACGAACAGCCCAUCCAGGAAAGCUUGAUACGAGAAUUGUCAAAACCAACAAGGUUCCACCUUCUCCAAAAGGACCUCGAAAGACACUUGGAGAGCGAUUUGAACGUGUUAACGAAAAGGAAGUAAAGGCUAGCGAAAAGGCAGAUCGAGCAAAUGCCAGUUCUACGGAAAAAGAAGCUGGAGAAGAUGCCAUGAGCCGUUUUGGUAUCACUGAAGAUACGUUUCUUUCAGAUAUUACCUUUCGACGAACCGAAUCCUAUUUUGCUACUUUAGAGACAUUUUAUGGAAUCAUGAAAGAUAGUGACAAAUCUGUUACCGCUAUUAAAAAUUAUCCUUUAACUGUCAUGGGAGUAGCCGACAAAAAGAUGAAGCCAGGAAAAACAAUUGGCGUAGCUGAACAGCUAGCUAGUCCGUUGCCUCAAUCUAUCUCGUUAAUUGGUACAGAUAUGGAUCAACAUAUAUUGGAAGAUCCUUCAGUUAAUUUUCAUGAUAUCAAUGUCAAUUCCAUAGAUGAAGAUUCUGUUUUCAAAACCGCUUCAGAGUACAUUCAUCCACAAAACGACGAGAAUGGUUACAAGGAAGCAUUUGAUCAACCUCACUCAUCAGUAUUGGAGCAGGUGUAUUAUUUACCACAAGAUCGACUUAUUCCUCAGUCUAAUCGAAUCUUUACACUUUUACCCUCAAGUAUGAUUUUUGACGAUGGUGAUCAGCCUAUAUUUGAUCCGACAACUGCAAAUACUGUUUUAAGUUCAACCACCGCUCCCACAAAUACAAUCAUCUUGCCAGCUAGUUCAACCAAAUCCGAGCCGUUGAAUAGAUCACAGACAUACGAGUCUCAAAAGCAAGACUCACGUCGAACCCGAUCAAUUCUUAAACCGUCAGAUGAGAUCAAACAGACGGUUUCUGAGCAAGAUGAAGAUAUUGAAAGGGAGACUAUUCCCAAAUUUCGAUGGAUUCUUAAUCCAGGGGAAAGUAGGGAACUUUGCGUCAAAUUUUCACCCACAGAGAUUGGAAAAUUCGAACAAAGCCUUAAUUUUGAAUCAGUGGGUGCGAGAGGCCAUUUUUCAGUUCAAUGUGCUGGAUUUUGUCAAUACCCACACAUCAAUACUGAUUUUAAAAAAAUGUUUUCUAAAUGGAGAAGACACAAGGACGAAAAAAUCGCCAUUCAUGGAGAGUAUAUAUCUAGUAUAGGCCAAUAUGAGUUUGGUCCGCUCCUGAUUUCAAAAUCAAGGGAAAAAUACCAAGAGCGAUUUCCAGAAAACAAGACAAUAUUCAACAUUAUCAAUUCUAGCAGUUUUGAAGCCAAAGUUUCCUUUGCACUGCGAAAUGACUCCAAGGGCGAGGUUUUUUUCUUUGAACCAGCAGUAAUGGAUCUGGCACCACUACAGGCCCAGUCAGUGUCGGUAUGGGCAUAUCCCAAGACAAAUAACCACUUUGAAGAUAUAUUUAUCAUUUGUGUCAAAGACAAUCCAGAACCUUAUUCCUUCAAAGUAUCGUGUAUUGGAGUUAAACCAGAAUUAGAGGUUGACAAAAAAACACUGAGCUUUGAUAAGCUAUUGCUUAGCCGGAGCGAGCGACGCGAAAUCAAGCUUCGAAAUCCUACUCAUAUGCCUGUAGUCUGGAAGCUCGCAGGUAUAGAUGCCCUUGGUGACGAGUUUACUAUUUCUCCAGUUGAAGGUACAGUGGAAAGUUUUCAAGAAAUCGCUAUUACUGCAGAGUUUCGUGGCAUCAAGCCUAUUGUCAUCAAAAGGGUGAUUCACCUUGAGGUGUAUGAUGUAGAAAAGAUUGGCGGUACUUUUCAAGAUGUGCCAAUUGUUGUCACCGCAGAAGCCUAUGACAUUUCCAUGGAUCUUCAUUUUUCAAAAGGAUUUGAAGGAGGUCUUGAUUUUGGUGUUUUAAAGGUGCUUGAAGAAGGAAAGCAUUUAUGCACACUCAAAAACAAAGGAAAAUACGAAGUUGGAUUUCGAUUUUUAUUUGAAGGUGUUGAAUUUGGCGACUUUUUUGUGCUAUCUCCAAUGCAAGGGAUAAUACAGCCAUCAGAUAAGCCGUUCUUUGUACAAAUUGUCUUUAAAGCAAAUACCGAGCUGCAUAUUAAGGAUAGCUCAGCCCUUCGAUGCAUUGUAUUUGAGCCAACCACGGGCGAAAUCACAGCCUCCAUUCCAAUUAAAAUCAAUGCCCGUGCGGUUUUUAGCAAAUUCUCAGUACUUCCAAUGCGUGAUCUCAAUUUUGGAGCGCUUGUUCACGGCAGCAAAGCUUCUCGACAGUUUAUCAUUGAAAACCAAGGAGAGUUUGAUUUUAAAUAUUCAAUAUAUAAACUAGUCGCUCGUGCUAUUGAGCCAAAGAUUGGAACAAAAAACAAGUCACAUGUACGUCUUGGAAAAUUAGCUCGAGCUGCUUCGCCACCGCCAGCUACCAAAAGCAUUUCCAAUCGGAAAGAGGUUUUUAAACCUACUGAUACACUCAAUUCUGGAGCAUUUACUCUUUUUCCUACUAGUGGCAUAGUUGCAGCUGGCACAAAGCAGUCAAUUACUGUCGAGUUUCAUUCCGAUAAUCCAGGACAUUUUGAUGAAACUAUUGGUGUAGAUGUAUCAGAUCGUUCACCGGAAGAAGGUUCUGAUGCAAUGGAAUAUCGAUUGGUUGGAGAAAGUUGCAUUCCAGGUAUUAAUACCACUGACUUUUCUUCAAUUUUUGAAGAGCAAAGUGUUUGUAAACGUCUUGAGCUAUUCACUACUCAAAACAAUGUUUAUGCCGAAGAUGAUCGUAUAUUUCAUUUUGGAGCUUAUCUUGUAGGGCAGCAAGUCACUGUCAAUUUUAAAAUAUCCAACCCAUUUAAAGUGCCAUGUGAUAUCUCUCUUUCUACAAAACCCCGCGGAAAAUCCAGAACAGACAGCUCAGAUUUUGCAUUUGACGUGGAAACUAAAAAGCUUACGAUACCAAGUCACGAGUACCGCUAUGUUUCAGUCAUAUUUCAUCCAGCUUCUAUUCAACCAUAUGCUGGAAUAUUUGAAGCAACAGUUGAGAAUGUACAAGACGGACGAAACAAAACCCUUUCAUUCGAAUUGCGCGGAGAAGGCACGCUGCCGCGUAUUGUUGUUGACUGGCCAAUAUUGAAAUCGAAAGCGGGACUUCCAUUGCUAAAAUUUAAAAAAUUGCUCCUCAACACACAGCAAACACUUCCAAUUGUUUUGCGAAACGAUGGGAUAAUUCCAGCCAGGUUCAAACUGGAGUGGACGUAUAAGGAUACAGAGGAUUUUGAAUGCCCGAUGUUGUAUGAUACCCACCACCUUAAACCACAAGAGCAACGAACUGUUGAGGUCAAGUGCCGACCAAUGUCAGUUAAAAAGUUUGAAGGCGAACUACGACUUAAAAUUAUGGACAACACUUUUGAAGAUUCGUCGCUGCAGCUUGUUGGAGAAGGAUAUUUGGAUGAUUUGACAUUUGAAGGCUUAUCUGACGAUUCUGAAAACGAGAUUAUAUUUGGCGAUUGUUUUAUUGAUGAAUGCAAGCAAAAGUCGUUUAAGCUUCGCAAUCAUUCAUCUGAAUGGGUCCGCAUUUUUAUCAGCGAAUCUUCUGAUUUUGUAUUUAAUCCAACCAUCUUGCACAUCAAGCCGCGUGGUGAUCGUGAUGUCUGCGUCACGUUUUCACCUAAACAAACACAAGAAAUUCAACAUGCUCCCAUUACUGUAAAGUCGGGAAAACUUCGGUUUCAAUCACCUCCUGAUCUGGAAUGGGACAGUGGAAUGAAAGUUGUUCGAUGGAUUGGUUCUGAUGGUCAAAAUUCAAAAUUGAGUUUGCCCCGAAAAGUACUUGAGCAAUAUGUAGAACCUACAUAUGAAGCAAUCUCGCCACUCAGCGAAUAUACACUAUUGUUGUCAGCAUUUUCUGACUACUCCAUGUAUGAAUGUGAUCAAAACCAUAUCAACUUUAAAAGCACACUAAUGUAUCAAAGCAGAGUUCAUCGCUUUUCACUCCGAAAUUCUGGAAAAGUGAUUUUGAAAUUUGCCUUUGUGAUUUGUUUAGAAGAUGGUACAACAGUCGACUCUAGCGAUUUGUGUCCAUUUAGUAUCAAUCCUGCGUCUGGAACCAUUCCUUUAAAUGAGUCAUUGAUGAUUACCGUUCGGUUUUCUCCCAUUGAUGUUGGAGACUAUUGCAAUAGUAUAGUAUGCAGUAUUCCCAAUCUUGGUAAGGAUGCAAAACCGUUGUCACUUACUGUGAGAGGAACAUCUUUGCGACCACUUUGUCAUUUUGAGCUUGAAGAUAGCGAUUAUCUCACGAGUGAAAGGCGUAAUCCCGAUUGCGACUUGAACAAUACUGUUCCUGCAAUACUGGAUCCAAAUAUUAGGGUUAUUGAAUUUAGCUCCUGUGGUGUUCGCGGAAAAAAUAUUCGUCGGUUCUAUAUUGUGAAUCCCACUGCAAUGAGCUAUGAGUUUAUGUGGCAUCCGGAAGUCCAAGGGCAUACAAAAUUUUUCAAAUGUUUGAAUUCUCGAGGAAUCGUAGCCUCUAACAAGAAAAGUGAAAUAGUGUUUGAAUUUACUCCAGAGUCUACUGAAAUCAAGCUCUACGGCCAAUAUACUAAUUUGCAAUUUUUAAAUACUCAGGAGUCUUUAUGGAUAUUCACCAUUCCAGAACAUCAAAUUCAGGUACAAUUUUUACUUGUAGGUCAAGCAGUGGAACCCAAAGUGUAUGUGGACCACACUGGUAUCAAUUUCAAGUCAGUUCUUGUUGGACGCCAAGUUAAAGAAAUUGCAAACCUUAUAAAUAGGGAAAACGUUUCGUUUUCCUACUCAUUCAGCGAUAUAUCGGACGAGAUAGGCCAUCAAGGCACUCCAAUUCUGCACGUUCUUCCAAAUUCUGGCAUAAUUCCUGCUUGCAGCCAGGUUCCAAUUCAGAUCACAUUUGCACCACCGUCAGAAAAAAGCUUCAAUUUCAACCUGCAGUGUAAUAUUCGUAAAAAAUCCCUACCCGUUACUAUAAAUGUCAAGGGUGAAGGCUACGAAAUACAUGAUUCACUACAUUUAGAAACAGUAUAUGGAUCUUCACUAGAACUAGCAUCAUCCACAACAAUAGAUAACAUUGUUGAUUUUGGGCAGGUGCAAAUCAAUGAGAAACGAGUAAAGCGAAUUUGCAUAGUCAACUCGGGAAUAUUCAAUUUUGACUUUUCUUGGAAGCUGACUUUAAAAAGCGCAGGGCUUGUGACGAUCAAACCAGAAGUCGGCACAGUGUUGAAAGGCGAUAGGAUGUGGUGUGAGAUUGCAUUCAUACCCACUACAACCGUGGAGAUCAAAGGAGUUCGAGCUGUAUGUAGUGUUGUUAAUGGACACACAUAUCCUCUUACCAUCCAAGGAACAGGAGUUAAACCGCUUUUGAAAUUUUCAGAAUCCAGCGUGGAUUUUGGAUCUCAUUUUGUUUUUGGAUCUGGAAUGACGGCUGCCGUGGCUCCGAUUCAAAUCACAAACGUAGAUAUUUAUGACAUCACGUUUGAUAUUGUUACAUCUGAUUUACAGUGGUUAGAAAUCCAACGAGGAGUUUUGACACUAGCUCCGGGAGAAUCCACACAAUAUACUUUUUCGUUUGUUCCAAGACAAUCGGGGUAUUUUAGUGGAGUAAUCAAGUUUGAAAUUAACGGGUUAUCAUAUAUUGAUUUUCCUGUCAAGGGAGAAGCUAUUGAACAUCGAAUUGAAACAGAUUCACGACAGCUAAGCUUUGGUGCACUUCGUAUUGGCCAAACAUCUACUAGAUCUGUCAAGAUUUUUAACAAAAGCAAGCUUCCUACUUUAUUCAGUAUUGGUCCUAGUUCUGUUGUCGAAAACCUUUUAAACUAUGGUAUUCAUAUUUCACAAGUAAACAAUAUUUUGUUGAAACCAAAGUCCAGCAUAGGAAUGGAUCUAAAGUUUGUACCCCAUCAUCGUAUUCCCGCUUUUACAGAGGAACUGCGCGUUGAAGCUCCAGGUGUCGCAUAUCCACUUUUUGCAAUUACGGGAGCUUGCCAAGGAAUUGAUGUCAGACUUGAAAAUGAUAUUGUGACCCUUGGAGCAGUCGUUCAACAGAGCAGUAUAACGCGGCGCAUUCAACUGCAGAACAUAGGAGAAAUUGGUACAAAGUUCCAUUGGAACUCUAAAAAGUUUUUGCCAGACUUUUCCAUUUCCCCAAGCGAAGGGUAUAUUUCGCCAGGCAUGGAAAUUCCUUUGGAAAUCACAUUCCAUCCAAUUGAGAUCAAUCCUGAUGUUCGUUAUGAAAACAUUUCUUGUGAGAUUGAAGGCUCGGCGAAUCUUUAUCUUACUCUCACGGGAAUGUGUAUUCCUCAGCCUGUACAAAAUGAUGCAAUCAAAUUUUCUACUCCUGUACGCUCACCCGAUACAAAAAGCAUACCAAUUUCCAACAAGACAUCCAAUGUCUGGCACAUUCGACCAAUCAUUGAUAACGAAUACUGGAGCGGCGCAGAAGUGAUUGCUGUUGAGCCAGGACAGUCCAAAAUGUUUGACAUUACUUUUAAUCCAUUGGAAACCAUUGGCUCUGGCGAAGGGGGCCGACACGAAGGAUCGGUAUUUUUCCCACUUCCAGAUGGUAGUGGCAUACUACACAAGCUUUAUGGAACAGUGGACAAACCUUUAUCUGCUGGAAAUAUCAAUCGAGAAAUACCGUCCAAAACUUCAUUUACCGAAGUGUUGAAUGUUGGCAAUUGGCUGAAACGUCCACAACGAUUGCGAGCAAUUAUUGAAGUUUUAAAGCCAGAUCCUAGUAUUGUUAUCAAAGGAAACGACUUUGUUGAUUUAUCACCGCUAUUAUCCAAAGAUUACAAGCUGACAUUUUAUGCGUAUAAAGAAGGAGUAACCAAUAUCAAAAUAAUAUUUAAAAACGAGACUUCACAGGAAUAUAUAUCGUAUAGUCUAACUUACAAGAGUACUGCACCAGGAGUGAUUGCAUGCUACGACAUGACAACAGCGGUGCGCCAAACUAGCACUCAUGAUAUUACUAUAUCUAACCCACUAUCAACGCCAGCUCUCUUUAGCGGAUCAAGCAAUAAUCUCGAUGUUAUUGCCCCCCAUUCAUUUACAAUUCAGCCAAAAUCAGAAGGCAUUUGCACUAUAGAAUUUUUACCCUUGAUCCCAAAAGAGGCAUCAGCACGAAUAACAUUGUCUUCGGUGGAUCUUGGGCUAUAUCAAUACGAUUUAAGACUUAUUUCUCUGGCUGCUCAACCCGAGCGGACACUUCAAUUUAAAGUUGGUUUUGGCAGCAGUCAAGUACAAACAUUUCGAUUUACGAGUUUUUCAAAAGUUCGAACAGACUUUACAUGUAAAAUUGAUAACACCGAGUUUACUGUUGAAAAAAGCGUAUCGGUUGCUGCAGCUACCAUUGGCGGGGUAGAAGUUUCUGUAGAUGUCAUCUACGAGCCGUCAAAGCUAGGGGACACUCGUACCCAACUGAUCAUAUCUUCUCCUCUGGGCGGCGACUACAUUUGUCCAUUAAAUGGCCAUUGUGCUGCUCCUCGACCACAAGGCCCGAUUUUGAUCAAAUCUGGAUCACCAUCCAUCUUGUCAUUUAAGAAUGUAUUGAGUACAUCGGCUACAUUCAAUUUUGUAGUGGACAAUCCCAUAUUUGUAGUCAAAGCAGCAGAAACUGUUGCCUCGAAAAAGUUGAUUCAACUAUCAAUCGGGUUUAAACCACCAGCAACAGGAACUACCUCUACCAGUGCUGCUUUUGGAGCAGCUAUAAUGCAAAACCAAUUAGGAAACUCUGUAACCAGCAAGUCAAGUACCCACAAAGUAGGAAAGCUGACAAUCACUCACACGAUGAGCAAUAUGACGUGGGUUUACUACUUGCGUUAUGUGUCGUAG